GGAUCAACAUCUUGUCGCUUUGGUAGCUACCUCUAACCUUGUGAGAACAGAACAGUCUAGGUCCGUCAAGAGCAAGCUGUACAUCGAUGUGGGACCCAUACAACGCAAUUGUAUACAGACACAACAAGCCUAGUCGACCGGGAAACGAGCCAUGACGGGCAUCCGCAUAUACCUCCACUCUCCGCGUUCGCGACAACACACCUCCGAUCUCAGUCGGUUACUCUGCUGCACCGCUGGUUAGUUAGUCGCACCAUACGGACGGCCCAGCCAGAGCAAUACCUACCUACCUCUGAACGACUACUCACUACUCACUACAAGAUAGUCGGCUUCGUACGCUGCGCGAGGCCCUAUUCCCACCACUUCAAUAGCACGUACGUAACCAGUGAGGGAAACCUGAUCGGUGACGAUAUGCUUGGCCAACAUGUUGGUCUCGAAACAGCCGCUCAGAUGGUAAGCUUUUGCCGAUGAUCAAAGCAAGGCACUGCCCUACGUGGCUUGCUUCCUCGAGUGUGUUUGCUUGCGGCUAUUGUACUAGCUUCUAGCCAGUCUUUAGCCAUCCAGGAAGUCUGCUUUGGUUUUUUCCGGCUUCCAUUUUGCCGCUGGAGAUGUUGGGCGGGGAAGAAGUCGAUGAUGAAAAUGUUGUCGACUUCCUCGAAGGUCGAGAGCUUGUCCAUCUCCUCGGCCCUCUGUACUUGACCCCGACUGUCCAGGAGCAUUAUGGCUCUUGUUCGAUAUCUUGCAGCCCAUCUGGCGGCAGCAGGCUUAAUUGUCACUGGAGCCGUACUGGCAAGUCCUUUCAGCAACGCUGUCCACGAUGCCGACAUCGCCACCGACUUUGUCUCCGAGCUUACGCAGAAUAUCACUGCCUUUCACCAAGAGCACCAGCAACUACCUCUACACAAGCAUGCUCUUGUCUGUAGCCAGUCUUCGUCCCUCACGGUUGAUGUAGGCUACGCCAAGUACCAAGGCCGACAAAAUUCCGCUACCGGCGUGAAUGUUUGGAAAGGAAUCCGGUAUGCAACUGCUGCAAGAUGGCAACCGCCGCGUCUUCCACCGCCGCAUCCCAAUGCCCCCAUCACUCAAGCGACGAAACAAAGUGCUCAGUGCCCGAAUUCCAGCCCAUCUGUGGGCGGUUCAUCCCAAAUUGAGGACGAUGAGGACUGCCUUUUCCUCAACGUCUAUGCCCCCGCCAAGGCGCAAAACCUCCCUGCCCUUGUCUGGAUUCAUGGUGGGGGCUACGGCUUGGGAAACAACGUUCAGGACAUGACCGAGAUCAUCAACGCAAACAACCAAGGCUUCCUUGUCGUCUCCAUCCAGUACCGCCUCGGCGCCUUUGGCUUCCUUGCUUCACAAGAAGUCAAGAACAAGGGUGUUGUCAAUGCUGGCCUCCUCGACCAGGCCUUUGCUCUCGCAUGGGUCAAGCUGUUCAUCUGCAAAUUUGGCGGCAACCCACUAGCUGUCACUAUCGCAGGCGAGUCCGCUGGCGCCGGCUCCGUCAUGUAUCACAACCUUGCCGUCAACGGUACUCUGGGUCCGCUUCUAUUCGACAAAUCCAUUGUCAACUCGCCCUACCUUCCAUUCCAGUACAACUACAACGAUGCUAUCCCUACUUCUAGAUACUAUGCCUUCGCUCAAGCUGCCGGUUGUCCCAGCAGUGGGGACGUGUUCGCCUGUCUUCAAAGCAAAGAUUCGGCCACACUACAACAAGCUAACUACGUUGUCACUAACCAAGCUCCUCAUGGCUACUGGGCUUUCUACCCCGUCACCGACCACGCCUACAUUAUGAGUCUUGCCAGCCAACAGCUUGCCGACAAGCAAGUGAACGGUAUGAAGCUUCUCGUUGGGUUCAAUGCUAACGAAGGCCCUCUGUUUGUCCCCAACAACAUCGACACCGAGUCACAACUCGCCGAAUGGCUCAAGGUGGAGUUUCCCAAGUUGUCCGCGACCCAAAUCAACUCCAUCCUCACCGCGAACCCCAACAGUAACCCAACUAACCGCGCGGGCCCCUUCUUUGAAACGAACGGUCUUUCCGGCGCCAACGCGCUGAACAUGUCUGGUGGUGCCAACGGCCAACAACAGCGCGGCUACAACAUCUACGCCGAAGCCACCUUUGUCUGCCCAGCCUACUGGUUUGCCUCUGCAUUCACCGGCUCUAGCGCUAAGAAGGCCUACACAUACCAAUACUCCGUCCCCUUUGCCCGGCACGGCACCGACAUCGCCGGCUACUUUGGUCCGCAGACCGAGAACCAAUCUAACGACUUCGUUCUUGCCUUCCGUCGCAUCUGGGGUAACUUCAUCAUUACUGGCAACCCAUCCAUCACCAGCCUGCUCGCCAACGGACAGUCAACGGGGACUACGAGCGCACAUCCUGUUGCGGCUUGGCCGGCUUGGACCGAGAGUGCUCCAAAGUUGGUGAAUCUGAAUGAGACAGGUGGUGUGCAGUACCAGGCACCGACGCAAUGGGGUUUCAAUGUGACGCAGUUCAAGGAUCCCGGCUUAGAGAAUGCUAUUGCUAUCGUGGAUGCUAACUCGUGGGAGGGAGGGAGAGGGCAGAGGUGCGCCUUCUGGAAGCAAUUAGCUCCUAGCAUUCCGGCGUAGAUGACUGCAUAAGGAUGACGAGGCGAUGGUUUGAACGUACUUUAGCCAACCUCUUACCUCAAAGUGUAUACCAGCUCAAUACCAUGCUCUCUGGUUGCUCCAUCUUGUCCUGUGCGCCUCGCUCCAAUGGAAGGGAUCAGCCUAGCUCGCGGAGAGUAGGUUACUUGGAUACUAAUC